UAAAAAGGAGAAGCAAGAACUAAAUGAAAUGGAAGAGAAACAUGAGGUUUUACCUGGAAAACAGACGUCCUCGGGAGAUCUUCACACCGAGGUCUGGUUUAAAUGUGCUCAGUGUGGAAAGAUGUUCUGGAGCGUCAAACACCUGAACAGACACCAAACGCUUCACUCCAAAGAAAAGCCCUUUAAAUGCCAGCAGUGCCAAAAGUGCUUUAAAAUCGAGAAAUACCUGAAGAAUCACAUGAAGAUUCACAGCGGGCUGAAGCCGUUCACGUGCGCUCAGUGCGGGAAGUGUUUCGGGCAUAAAGCCAGCCUGAAGACUCACAUGACCCUUCACACCGGAGAGAAGCCCUACUCCUGCAGACUGUGUGGAAGGAGCUUCUCGCAGAGUGGAAAUCUCAAAUACCACAUGAGCGUUCACAGGGGAGAGAAGCGUCACAGCUGCCCUCAGUGCAAGAAGAAAUUCAGCCACAAGUUCAGCCUCAAGACUCACAUGAGGAUCCACACCGGAGAGAAGCCGUACGCCUGUCGACGCUGCGGAGAGACGUUCAUGCACAAAGAGUCCUUCGAGAUCCACGUGAUCCGUCACUCCGGGGAGAUGCCCUUCACCUGCCAGCUGUGCGGGAAGGGCUUCCCACAGAGAGCUAACCUGAAGUCUCACAUCAGAGUCCACACUGGAGACAAGCCGUUCGUCUGCGCUCACUGCGGGAAGGGCUUCGCUUUCAAAGGAAACCUGAAGAGUCACGUGAGGCUCCACACCGGAGAGAAGCCGUACGCGUGCUCUCGCUGUGAGACCAGCUUCCUGUACAGAAGAGACCUGAAACGACAUUUACAAACACGGUGCUCCUCAGAGUGACCGGAUCCCACCUUUCAGAGGAUUCAGUUUAAAGAUGCAGUGUGUAAAGUUUAGGACGAUCUAAUGAUUGUAAUGCAGUAUAAAGUGUUUUCAGAGGUGUGUGAAGACUGUUCUAGAAGUCAAGACAUGAAGAUGAACAAGUAACAUUACAUUUAUAAUUACAUUUAUAAUCAUUCAGAUAAACCAAAAUGAUUUUAGGUAAACGUACACGUAAAUGAAACAAGAAAUGGUUAAACAGAACAAUGAACGCCAAACAGUGCUAUUUUAUUUUACUGAUGUGAACAUGUGUUAAUGUCGACUUGAAUAAAGUGUUUUCAGCGGCUAAAA